CGGCCUGCUCUCGUCUGCUUUCCAGGCGAGGCGCAGUUCAACUCGAACGAGCCUAUUGUUUCUCCCGGUGGUGCUGUUCUGGUGUUUAUUGGCUUUCUGUCAUUUGUUAGGCCGUCUCUGGGGCUCCCCUCGUCCUGUACAGGUGACUCACCUGCGGAUCUGUCGGUGAGUCUCAAUUAGGUCCUGUUGAUUAUACUCUGGUGUUAUGUUAGUGACCGCGUCUAGCUGCCGGUAGCUACGCUACAUGCCCUCCUCCCCGCUUCUGGAGCCGACGCAUAUUGCCUGAUCGGAGCUGCUAAGCCAAGGUGGUGGGGUUGGUGUCUCCCUUCCUGUGCUGUGUCGUUUGGUGUGCCCCUGGUUAAGAACCCUCACAUGUGGUUGUGUGAGUGUUGUGUACACGUGUGAUCGGGGUGCCUCCUCUUUUGGGAUCCUCACCUGCACUGGCCCACCUCGCCACUGCACUACAACACAGAACGGGUUUCUGCUCUCACGUCUUACUCACAAGUCCUGAUUUGAAGGUGUGAGGACGCGAUAGCUGCGUCUGUCGGUGUCUGCAGACGAAGGUAGAAAGUCUCUUUGACCUCAUCUGGAUGUGACUUUAACAGAGACCUGGGAUCAGACGGGGAACAGGACUCGGACUCUCGGAGGCGGCAGGAACUGAAGCUCGCUGCGGCUUGGCGGAGACGGGAACGGGGGAAAGCUGCGGCCCAGCGGGAGUGGGUAACUGACCUCUCUUCUUCCUCUGUCUCCUUCUAGGGUUGAAAAGGCGGUCCAUCAACUCAAGGUUAGCCUUCUGGACACUCCGAGGCCCUCCCAAGGCCUGGCGGGUUCCCGCAAACUGGUCAUAAAGUUGUGGGGCAAUGCAAACCAAACGGUGGUCUGCUGAGUCCAUUUUGGGCCAGAUCAUUCUGUCGCGGGGUGGUGUGGUGGACCCAAAUGCAGACAUGACCAGAUUGCAGAGUGAAAACAGGUUUUAAUAAACGUGAACAAAGGAAAACUAAACAGGGAAUCCAAGAACGUGAGGGUGAUGUUAGAUUCAGGGCCUCUUAAACUGUGGGGAAACCGCAUGUGAUCCAGCCUCUUACACAAAGACAGCCGGUUUCAAUUAUAAUCAAAAGCAUUUAAUUAUACCGAAGCUAAAACAAUUGCAAAGUGAAGUACAUUAUUCACAGUUACAUAAAAUAUGACCCGCGCCUCACCCCGAUAGCGUUACCACCCACAAGGUGGAACAGGAGCAAGAGACAGAAUCUUUCUCUCCCUCUUCAGUUUGAAAACCCCUCCCAUAUUGUCUAUCUUAUUUCCUAUUGGCUAACUCCAGUAGUCUCCUCCUGGCGUCAGACUGCUGAAGACCCUCGCACGGGUGUGACCUGUAAUUGCCUGUCUAUAAAUCUCUAUCUAUCCCUACGCCUUACUCUUAAACAUACUAUAUUAAAGAUAAGGAUUUGCAACUUUUGGCAAAAACGUCACGUUUUACAAGCAUAGAUGGUAAACUCCAAGUACUUGCUAUCAUAUUAUUCUCCACCUGUAAGAGGUGCUACUAAUUCUACUAAGAAACACUUCUAACUAUAAAUUCUAAAACACUCCUAUAAUUAUGACUAAUUAUGAAUUCUUAAACACUUCCAAUUAUGAUCUCUUAAUUAUGAAUCAUUAAACACUUCUAUUAUAAUUUCUUAAAGCACACUUCUAAACCUAUAUUUCCUACAGUGAGAACCGGGCGAGGCAGGGCAGGCAGACUGGGGAGCCGGGAGGAUGGACCAAACUGCAGGCAGAGGGAAACAAGUUUUUCCUUCAGGUGACGAAACAGACAGAUUCUAGCAGGGAGCCACGAUGACGGCAGUGGACCUUUUGAAGACUCUGAAGGAUUUAAAAGAAGAUGAAUUUAAGGAAUUCAUCUGGUAUCUGAAGGAUCGUGACUCCAUGAAACCUUACCAAGCUAUCAAAGAGUCAAAGCUGGAGAAGGCAAAUAGGCAGGACACUGUGGAUCUGAUGGUGAAGACCUUUGAACUUCAUGGAGCUCUAGACAUCACCAGAAAGGUUUUACAGGAGAUACCCAGGAAUGAUCUGCUGCAGAGUCUGCCAAACACCAGCUCAGGACCAGAAGAGGAUGCUGAUGUUGGAGAGACUUUAGAGAACAGAGGAACAUCCGCCUGUCAGAGCAAAGGAAAACAUCUGGACGUGUUGGACCUGAAGAACCUGAGGCUGGUGCCAGCGGCCAAAGCCUCCAACAAAGCUCUGGUUAAACCUGCUGGAGAUCAGAGGCUGAAACCUGGUCUGAGGAAGUAUGCCUGUGAACUCACAAUCGACACAAACACAGUGAACAGAAACCUCAAACUGUCUGUCAACAACAGGAAGGUGACACGUGUGUUUAAGGAGCUUCAGUCAUAUCCUUAUCAUCCAGACAGGUUUGACUCCUGUCCUCAGCUGCUGUGUGAAACUGGUCUGACUGGUCACUGUUACUGGGAGGUCGAGUGGAGAGGAGGAGUUGAAAUAUCAGUGAGUUACAGAGGAAUCGGAAGGAGAGGAAACGGUGAAGACUGCGAGUUUGGAAUGAACGAUCAGUCCUGGAGUCUGGAGUGCUCUGAUGAUAAUGGUUACUCUUUCCUUCACAAUAAGACGAGAACACCCAUCUCCUCCUCCUCCUCCUCCUCCUCCUCGAGAGUAGCAGUGUAUGUGGACUGUCCUGCUGGCUCUCUGUCCUUCUACAGAGUCUCCUCUGACACACUGAUCCUCCUCCACACCUUCAGAACCACAUUCACUGAACCUCUUUAUCCUGGCUUUGGGUCCAGGUUCUGGUCCAGGUCUGGUUCCUCAGUGUCUCUGUGUUCUGUGUAGGAGGGAGAAUCUCUUCUGUAAAAACUCACUCUGCUGACCAUCAGAUUCAGAUCAAUAGAACAAAAUAUAAUCAACAAAUAAAUCACUUUUAUAUAUUAUUAUGGAGAAAACAAUCAACCUUUAUUGAUCCCUCGGUGAAAUUCAGAAAUGAAUACUUUAGUACUUUUACUUUAAUUGUGAAUGCAGGACUUUCAGGUUUCAUUUUGGUUUCAUUUUUAAACGCAUAUGUUUUGCUACGUUUACACUGAGCCGGCGUUUUCGAGCGCCGAAAACAGAGGAGUUUGAAAACGCUCCCGAAGACGGAUAAGUUUGAAAACUCCGGGUUGCGUUUUCGUGUGGACGGUC